AUGGCAGCAUUUUUAAAUGCACUUAAGAGUGACAUUGCCAAUAGAAUUGUAGCUUUUCUCAUGGAUAAAUUCUCAGAAGUUGCAACACCAACUACAGAGGGCAUGAGGUUACAUGAUCUGCAACGGGUACUACUUCGGGUUGGAGUCAUCGUCGAGGAGGCAGAGGGACGAUACAUCACAAACCCAUUGAUGGCAUAUCAAUUGAACAUUUUAAGGAAAGAAAUGUACCGAGGGUAUUUGACCUUGGACAACUUGAGGAUCCAUGGUAACGAAGAAUUGAAGGCCAAAGAUCAUGAUGUGAGUAACUCUUUUGCCCUAUCCAAAUUCAAUCCUGCCAAGCGUCUCUUUUUCUCUGCUGGAAAUAAACAUGUGGGGAAAGAUAUACAUCAGGUGCUCGACAAUUUAAAUAACAUUAUGGUAGAUAUGAGUGAGUUUGUUACAACUUUGAGUAACUAUCCUCCACUGUACCGGCAACCAUAUAGCAUGCAUUUUUAUGUUGGCAAGUGCAUGUUUGGUCGUCAAAUGGAAGUGGAUAGAGUCAUUGAUUUCUUGAUGCAAACAGAGAAUCCCAUUAUGAAAAAUGUCGGUGUAUUGCCAAUUGUGGGUCCAGCAUUUGUUGGAAAGAGCACCUUAGUUGCACAUAUAUACAAUGCUGAAAGGGUCCGCAACCACUUUUCUCGAAUUGUUGUACUUACUGGAGAUGAGAUUAACUAUGAGAACCUGCAGACCACUUUGAAAGAUAGGGGUCUGACCAUGCAUCAAGGAAAUGCCUUGGGCCAUAAUAACAGAUUGCUCACUAUUAUUGAAUUCUCAGAGGAUGUGGAUGAGCUGGCAGAGUGCCUGAUGAGAGGGUUGAAGAACGUGUACCUCCGCAAGGUUCCACCAAACUUGAUAGUCUUUAAGAAUUCAUUUGCACCAUUUGCAUACCUCUCAAAUCUCCGGACAUUAACACAGGUAGACACAAAACAGCAAAUGGUCAUGGUGUGCAGGCUGCCAGGCUCAGAUGUUUUCCAUUUGGUAAUAAAUAAACUUGAUAGCGACUCAAAACGAAAAACUGAGCAGAACAAUAAUGGAAUGGAGUUGAAUAUUGGAAGAGUGGCUGCUAUAGAAAAGAUUGCAAGUGGCUUUGGUACUGAAUGA